AUGGCCCUCAGAGCUUCAGCCAUAGCUCGACCUCCACUUCCUGCACCCUCUCCCACGCCAUCGUCACCAGCCAGAACCCUUUCUCUCUCCAAACCUCAAUUCAGACCCACCACUCUAUCACUGCCAACAUCAACCACACUCUCUCUCUUUGCCCUCUUCACUGCACCGGUAGAAGCCAAGGCUCUCACUCUACCCAAAGACCAGAUAGUCUCAUCUCUCACUCAGGUAGAGGAUAAAAUUGAUCAAGUUCAAGAAGUAAGUUCAAAAGUUUUGGAAGUUGCACAGAGUGUUAUUGGAGCUGUGAUUGAGGCUUUGAAGCCUGGAAUCGAUGCGGCAUUGCCUAUCUUACAGAAGAGUGGAGAACAGGCGCUGAAAGUUGCUUCGCCUGCCAUUUCCGAAGCCUCAAAGAAAGCCCAAGAAGCAAUGCAAAGCUCGGGGAUCGAUACACAACCAGUUGUCUCCGCUGCUAAGGUUCUAAUACAGCUUUUCUCCAAUUGCAAUUGUUCUGAUUUUUGCAGUUUACAUGCAGCUAUUGCUCUAUAUGGUUUACUAACAAUGCACAUUUUUGUGAUUUAA